AUGAUUGGGGAUUCUCACACAGUGUUGAUAGAACCAGGAAGCCUAGAGCCUAAAGUGGGACAAUCUGAUAAAAACGGGACAGGUGGCUUGGAAUCAAUCAACACCAGUAAAGACGCCAUAGAAACAGAUACGUUUAUACUGAAGGAGAUCGAGGCGAGGGCGGAAGCGGAGAUCUAUCCUCAUGGAUGCUGCAGUAGAGGAGUGGAGAAGAUUGAAAACGUGGUCAGGAGAGUUUAUCGUCGGCAUAGAGCCGCUAUAGGCAUCGCUGUGAAGGUGACAAUGUUCCUGCUUUACAUCGCCUACUUCGGAUACUGUGUAUCCCAAAGAUACUUUGAUGAAGGAGCAUACAUCCUGACGGUGAUAACAGCAAUCCUAGUUCUAGUCAUUUUGGCCUCCCGGGUGAGCGGGCCAUGGUUCAACAACCUCUUCACCUCAUUCUUGGUCUGGUACGGAACCACUGCCAAAGCUCACAGACUGCGAAAGAUCUGUCGAUAUGGUCUGUACGCUGCUGCCACACUGUGUCUGGCCACCUACCUGGGCAUCAACAUGGCCACCAACUACAACGCUAGCAAUGGUCAGGCCCUCUUGGGUAUCUUCAUCCUGAUUCUCAUGUGUUACGUGACGUCAUACAGACCAAGUCGGGUUAACUGGCAUCCAGUGUUCUGGGGCUUCAUCAUCCAGUUCGCUUUUGCCUGCCUAACUCUUAGAACCGAGACUGGCUACAACAUCUUCAAAUGGGUCGGGGACGUCAUCUAUAACCUGGUGCGGCUCUCCGACAAAGGUUCCGUGUUUGUAUUAGGGGAGAGCUUUCUGGCAGAGAAUGCCGGCUUCUUUUUUGAUUGUACGGGCGUCAUGGUGUUUUUCAAUGCCUGCAUCUUUCUCAUGGAGUACUACGGAGUUCUAGAGUUCAUUGUCCUGAAGAUCGGGCGUGGGUUGGCUGUGUGCCUGGAGACUGGUCCUGUGGAAUCUGUGGUCGCUGCAGCAAAUAUAUUCAUCGGUUUGUCGGAAGCGCCAUUGCUCAUACGACCAUAUCUACCAACUGUGACCAAGUCGGAACUGCACGCCAUUAUGACCUGUGGUUUCUCAAGUAUUUCUGGGGCUUUCAUGGCCAUGUUUAUCAAAGUCGGGGCGCCGGCCAGUCAUCUCCUUACAGCUGCCGUCAUCUCAGCCCCAGCCGCGCUUGCGAUCACAAAGCUCAUGUAUCCAGAGGUAGAGGAGGUCAACUAUGCCAGCCAGAGGAACAUCAAAAUGAGGGAUGACAGCAAACACCGGAAUGCCCUGCAGGCGUUUUCUGACGGGGCUCUCUUCUCUGUCAAACUCAUCGCCGCCAUCAUGGUCAAUAUGUUGGCCUUUGUCUCCAUGCUGAGUCUGGUGAAUGCCAUCCUCUUGUGGCUGGGAGAACGAGCAAACGUCGAGGGCAUGUCGGUGCAGUAUUUGUGUUCCUUCUUCUUCUACCCGCUGUCGUUCCUGAUGGGCACACAUCCCGAUGACUGCGGAACUGUUGGAUCUCUCAUUGGCCUCAAGUUGAUGGCCACUCCUUUCGUCGCAUAUGCUGAUCUGGGUCAGAUGAUUGCCAAUCGCCAUGUUUUCGAAGAUUAUGUGAAAGAAACAAAUGGAACUGGCACCUGGUACUGGGCUGGCCGUGACAUCAUCUUGGAAGAGACCAAUACGACUUUACCUCUAGGAUUUAUGAAGGAACGGUCCGAGGUCAUCACAACGUAUGCCCUGUGUGGAAUCUCUGCUUUCCCAGCUAUUGGUUUUACAAUGGGGACUUUAAUACCCAUGUCUCCGGAGCGUAAAAACGACAUCAUUAACGUCCUCAUUCGAUCGUUUAUCGCUGGCAACCUGGCGAACAUCAUCACAGGGGCA